CCACUUACUACUACUUCAUUGGCUGGCGCUGAGCCGUGCUCCCUCAAGGGCUGCAGAAGAUAGCGUCAACCUUUCCCUUUCCUCAAGAACCACUUACUACUUUCAUUGGUCGGUUGAAAGUAUCGUCGAAACGCCAUUUUCCAGGGAAUUCUCCGCUUCAAGAAGCAGGGAAAAUAAAGUCGCCGCCGUAGGCAAUGCCUCUCUAGGGUACGCUGUACCUAGAGCUUCGCAUGCUGUCGCCCACGUGCGCCGCUGUCACUCUUGCCUUGCGCACUGAGAUGAACAGCUGUGGAAACGCUACGCCUGGGACCGCUUUGUCUACUUCGCGCGUCGUGAUGCAUUCUUGCAAAUUUUGCGACAAGACUUUUUCUAAUCGUAGUAAUUUAAAAAAGCACAUAAGAAAUCUUCACGGAGUAGCAGCCUUGCAGAAUUUCGUACAGGAGGAGGCAAAUAUACCCAGUAAGAAACGAACCCUCGCAUGUGAUUUGUGUCCCAAGAUUUUUGCAACGCUUCGUGACUUGCGGCAACACCACGAGAGUGAGCAUAACUUCGAAGUGGAAGUGGAGACAUUGACGUUUGACACGUAUGCAGAUUUCCUGUCUUGGAAAGAUAAUGUGGAGAGCGAGACUUGCAGCCAUUUUGUUGCUUCUACUGGAAGAAAAGAAAAUUCGCCAGGAGUGUUCAGGCGAUAUCUAAAUUGUCACCGUUCCGGGACAUAUAUAGAACUCCCUACAAAGCUGCGCGAACGUCAGAUUAAAGUGCAAGGCAGCAGCAAAAUAGGCAUACAUUGCUUUGCAAUGCUUGAGGUUACAGAAAGGGAUAACAAAGUCUUUGUAGUAUUUCAGAAGAACCACUAUGGACACCUGGAUGAGAUAGCUCAUCAGAGGCUCUCUGUGGCUGAGAAAAAAGUAAUUGCAGGUAGACCAGCAGAAGGAGAGCCACCGAAGACCAUUUUGCAAAAAAUCAAGGCAGGCACAAGUGCAGCUAGCAGUCGGAUGAAACUUGUCACAAGAGAGGAGCUUCGGAACAUCCGCGAUAAGUAUAAUAUUGACAAAGCAGAGCGGCGACAUCCUGAUGAUUUUACGAGUGUGGAGUUAUGGGUUAAAGAAAUGGAAGAGAAGGAUUUAAACACAGGAAAUGAGCUGAUGAGCCCAGAAAAUGAGCCAAGUAAGGCAGGCAGUGACUCGCCUCUUUUGUAUUACAGGAAAGAGGGUGAUCCGAGCAGUUCUGAAGGCAACUUUGAGCUUGCCUUGAUGACCUUCCCACAGAGAGAACUACUUUGUAAGCUAGGAAUAGAGAAAUUGUGUAUUGACUCUACGCAUGGCACAAAUAGGUACAAGUUUCAGCUGACAACACUGCUAACCAUCUUAGAAGAUGGCUGUGGUAUUCCAUGUGCCUACUUGAUUUCUAAGAGAGUUAACACUGAAACGAUGGUGAGGUUUUUUGAGGCCAUCAAGGGAAAGGUAGGCGUGAUAGAGUGUAAAGCAUUCAUGUCCGAUGAUUCCCCUGUUUAUGGCAACACAUGGGAGCAAGUGAUGGGUCCCUUGAAGAAUCGGUGGUUGUGUAUCUGGCAUGUGAUGCGCAGCUGGAACGCACACCUCAGUAUGAUUAGUAGCAUCAAGUACAGGAAUGUCACAAGAGAAACCUUGCACGCUCUAAUCAAUGCAGAUGAAACAGAAAUAGAUGAGAAAGUAAAAGAAUUUCUUAACCUACCUUACAAGUUGCACACACAGAAUAACCUUGCUUCCAAAGAUCUAGAGGAUCUGGAAAGCUUUACUAAAUACAUUGAGAAAACUUAUGCUAAGAGAGUACUUCAGUGGGCCUAUUGCUAUAGAAAGCAGGUAGGCUUAACAACAAACAAUCACAUUGAAUCAAUGCACAAGGCUCUGAAGUACUCCUACUUUGGUGGCCAAGUAAAUGUGCGGCUAGACAAGCUAAUCUAUGUACUUUUUACCUUGACAGCUGACAAACUUUUCAACAGGGCUGUUGCACUUAUAAAAGGCAAAGUUGACCAUCGCAAAUCUGCUAUCUUUAAAAAGCACAAAGCAGGCAUUGAUAUUCGGACAUCCGAUAUUGACAGAGUGGGAGAUGGCGUAUGGCAGGUAAAAUCUCAGAGCAUAGUUAACUUUCAUCACAUCGUGAAAAAGACUGGCAGGACUUGCACAGGUUGUGAGCUCCAUUGCAAGCACUGCGAGGCUUGCCAUAACAUGUACACAUGUUAUGGUGUUGACUGGUCUUGACCAUGUAACAUAUGUGCACAUGUGCAAGCACAUUCAUGCUGUUGCUUUGAUGGUGCUGCAGUCAAGCAAGUUGCCGAGUCAUGAAACCAGUUGCUCUGGUGUCUCUUUUGAUAAUGGUAGUCAAAGCUUUUGUGUCAUUGAUGAUCCCAGCUGCUUAAUGGCCAGUGCUCAAGGUAUCAUGCAGAGCACAAAGCAAUGUUUGAAAGAAGAAAAAACAGAAAAAAGAAUUGAAAAGUUCAAAGUGCAAGCUGAGGCUGCUUUUCAACAGAUAUUGAAAAACCUUCCUGAAACAAGUUGCGAGAAAAUGGAUUCUAUAGAAAAUGACUUAACAAAGUUAGUUAAAAAGCACAAGCUUGCAGACGUGAGAGAGCCUGCAGGAAAGCUUAGAUUGGUGCCUGCAAACAAAAACCUUCAGAAACAGCGGAGGUAUGCAGCACCCAAAAAGAGCAAAUCUAAAAUGGCACUAGGUCAUCGGCCAACUAUGCUAGAGCAAGAAGCAAUAAAGCGGGAUCUUUUAGGUGGGGAAAUGAACAGCAAAACCUUAUUUAUUCAUACUGGGAAUGACCAUCAUUACUGCAGGCCAGCAAAGUAAGCUUAGUAGUAGUGUGGUAGUAGCUUAGUUGUUUUGCAGAAAGCUAGGGAAAAUGCUGUUUUUGUUUAGACAGGCAGAGUACGGUUGUCAUAAGCAAGGCAUGCUUUGCCUGCACUAUGGCAUAGUUAAGUAUUAUCAGUGUGGCAUGAGAAGCAUUUCUAGGCUAGUUGUGUGUGCAGUGUGGUGUUGCAAAUGGAUGCACUAUGUUAUUUGCAGCAGUGCGACUGUGGAUUGGAUGGUGGUCUGUUAGAGCGUGAGGGGCACCUCUGAGCUGGUCACACGUGCUGCUUGUAAGUGUGUGUGUGUCUGUGUACAGUGUAAAUUGACAUUACAUGCAGACGUGAUGCCCAAUUGGAUGGGGCAUGCUGCUGGUAGAUGUGCAUUGGGCUUCUACUAAGUUGAAUGGAUCUGGUUAGCCAUAUUCCUUACACAAUACAAACAAGACACUGAAUGCAAGCUGGCUUUGAUGGCUUGCACUUGUUUUUCAUUAGACCAAACUUAACCAACAUGAACAAAAAGCUCUACACAGUGGGCACAUGAAGUGAUUACAGUUGUCCGAAUGGCCCCUGUGUGUUUUAAGGAGUUCAGAAAAAUUAACAUUUAAGGGUAAGCAAGAGUGACCUUGUUGGAACAGUGGAGAAAGCAACUGCUGAAUUCCUUGAGGCACUACUACAAGGUGCUGCUGCUGAUGAUGACAGCAAGUGUGCUGAUUCUGAGGCAUCACCAAUAACACACAAUAGCAGUUUACUGUAUUGUCUGUACAAGUCCUCUGAAGUAUUUUGAGCAAGUUUGGAAAGUGUUUUAUCCUGACAACUGAAUUAGGUCGCACUGAGUGUGCACAUUACAGUUAUCACUAAGCAAUUACGGGCUGUGUAUUACCUUCUUCCUGUAAGACUAGUUUGUGUUAACUUCUGCAGGUGCACACAACAAAACUGUGCAGCUUUGUUGCUCCUUUAAUUCCACCGUAACAGAGAGUCCACUGUACAUGUACGUAAUGUGGAUGUAUUGCAGACUUCUGGCUGUCACUGCACAGCCUGUGAGUGUUUUCAUUCGUCAAUUCGCCUACUGUUUGAAUAUGGAGAUACCAGGGCAAAAGAAGCGUGAUAAUGAUAUGGUUGGAAACUUGAGAUGCAGUUUGCUUGCUUUGGAUCCAAACUAAAAUUAGCACCAAAAGAUUGCAAGAGGCAUUUUCUUGCAGCAUGUGUGCAUGAGAAAAAUUUCUCAGUCAAUCCACAACCAUGAUGCUGCACUUUGCAAUGAUCUUACAGGUGCACAUUCCAUCAUUGGCUGCCCUGGACCACCUCAGCAGAUUGUCAUCAUGCUACAAGAACACCAAUGUCUUAAUGCUAGUAACUAUAAUAAACAUUGUCUACCAAUA